AAAUUUUAUUUUAUUUUAUUUUUAUUUCCUGCAACAUCAAAGCAAAAUGAAAUGGGAAAACCGUAAGUGGGAUCAAUUUUCUCUUCGCCAAUGUUAGCCAAAUGCCAGAAAACCUUAACUGAGAUUAAUCGUUUCUCAAUUUCUAAACACUCCAUAGCUAACCAAUUAAAGCAUUGCUCUAAGAUGGAGGAGCUGGAAUGUGUGUAUGCUUCCAUGAUCAAAACCAAUACAAGUCAAGAUUGUUUCUUGAUGAACCAAUUUAUCACCGCUUGUUCCACUCUUGGCCAUGUAGAUUUUGCAGUUUUAGCCUAUACCCAAAUGGAAAAUCAUAAUGUUUUUGUCUAUAAUGCGAUGAUUAGAGGAUUUGUUCAAUGCUAUUAUCCGAUUCAAGCCCUUGAAUUUUAUAUAGACAUGCUGAGAGUUCAAGUGUUGCCUACAAGUUACACAUUUUCAUCUUUAAUUAAAGCUUGCAGUUUAGCAUCCGUAGUGAGGUUUGGAGAAGCUGUUCAUGGUCACGUUUGGAGACAUGGGUUUGACUCACAUGUGUUUGUUCAAACUUCUUUGGUUGAUUUUUAUUCGCGCGUGGGCAGAAUUACUGAAUCCAAAAGGGUGUUUGAUGAAAUGCCUCACAGAGAUGUCUUUGCUUGGACUACCAUUGUUUCUAGUCUUGCACGGUUUGGAGAUUUGAGUUCUGCGAGGAGAUUGUUUGAUAGGAUGCCUGAAAAGAACACAGCUACUUGGAAUACUUUGAUUGAUGGGUAUGCAAGAUUGAAAGAUUUAGAUUCGGCUGAAUUUCUGUUUAAUCAAAUGCCUGCAAGGGAUAUUAUUUCGUGGACAACAAUGAUCGAUUGUUAUUCUCAGAAUAGAAGAUUUAAAGAAGCAUUGGUUGUUUUUAAUGAGAUGAUAAAAGAUGGGAUUAGCCCGGAUGAAGUGACCAUGGCAACUGUGAUUUCAGCAUGUGCUCAUUUGGGAGCCCUUGACUUGGGGAAAGAAAUACAUCUUUAUGUAAUGCAGAAUGGAUUUCACCUUGAUGUUUAUAUAGGGUCUGCAUUGAUUGAUAUGUACGCCAAAUGUGGGAGCUUAGAUAGGUCCCUCUUGGUGUUCUUCAAGUUGCGAGAGAAGAACUUGUUUUGUUGGAAUUCAGUGAUUGAAGGGCUUGCAGCACACGGAUAUGCAGAAGAAGCACAGACAAUGUUUCACAAGAUGAAGGAGGAGAAAAUAAAGCCAAAUGGUGUUACAUUUAUUAGUGUUUUAAGUGCCUGCACUCAUGCAGGGCUAAUUGAAGAAGGACGUAAGAUAUUUGAGAGUAUGGUAUUUGACUUCUCUAUCCAUCCUGAAAUCGAACAUUAUGGAUGCAUGGUUGAUCUAUUGAGCAAAGCUGGCUUGCUUGAAGAAGCAUUACAAUUGAUAAGAACUAUGAAAUUCGAAGCAAACGCUGUUAUUUGGGGUGCUUUGUUGGGUGGAUGUAAACUUCACAAGAACUUGGAGAUUGCACAGGUUGCUGUUAAUGAAUUGAUGAUUUUGGAGCCAAGCAACAGUGGGCAUUAUACUCUUUUGAUUAACAUGUAUGCUGAAGUUAAUAGGUGGAGCGAGGCUGCGAAGAUCAGGGACGGCAUGAGGAAAUUAGGAAUAGAAAAGAGAUGUCCCGGGUCCAGUUGGAUAGAGAUGGAAAGUAAAGUGCAUCAAUUUGCUGCAUCUGAUAAAUCUCACCUAGCUUCUGAUGAGAUUUACUCAUUGCUGGAAGAAUUGGAUGGGCAGCUGAAGCUAGUUGGCUAUGUACCUGAACUAUGGUCUAUCUAAUAGCAGGUUGGUCUUUGGUCUCUAUGGAGAGAUGAUCAAUAGUGGGGGCAAUUCUGCUAUGUACUCUAUCCGCCCUAGUAGCAGGAAGUUUAGGUCUAGCUCUCAAAAGAGCAUGGUGGUUAUUUGAUAGAGUACAACGAUGAUGCCACUAAGGAGCAAGAAGAUGAAAAUGCGGCUCGAGCAAAUUUAAAGCGUACAGUAGUGAUGCGGUUAAUACAUAAUCUUCCUCUCACAAAAUGUACUCAUGCUGGUGAAGAUCUAUUUUUUCCUAUUCCAUGGGUGGAUGCUCAUUGUGUAUUGUCUUCUGUGUCUACGUAAACUAUUUCGAACUGAAAUUUUUUAUAUUUUUUUUUCUUUGAACUGUAAACUGAUGUUAUUUAACUUAUUCUCGCA